AUGCUGUCAAUCAGCAGUCUUUUCCUCGGUGCAUUGCUAGCUGGCGUUGCAAGCUCAGCAGCAAAGCAUCCCCGUGCGACGAUAGACUCGGGAGAAGUCAUUGGUUCGGUCACGAAGCUGCCUUCGAAUAAGACAUCAUACAACUUCUACGGAAUACCGUAUGGUGCGAAGCCAGAACGCUUUCGCCCGCCCGAGCAACCCAAGCCAUGGACGUCGGCUCGAAAUGCCACGACGAAACAGAACAUCGCUUGCUACCAAAACUACAUUUACAACGAUGCGACGUACGACAAUUUGAUGACGCUCGUUGUGGGACCAAAUACUGCACCCCCGGAAGAGCGAGAAGACUGCCUAACUCUCGAUGUCUACGCUCCUCCAUUUGUCUCUAAUGGGACGAAAAAGGCGGUUCUAUUUUGGAUUUAUGGCGGCAGCUAUCGUACUGGAGCAAACACCAACCCCAACUACGAUGGUUCGAGCUUUGCAGGGGAUCAAGACGUUAUUCUAGUGUCUCCAAAUUAUCGAUUGAACGUUCAUGGUUUUCCUGCCAAUCCUCAGCUCGAGGAUCCAGACCAAAACCUGGGACUGCUUGACUUGCGCCUCGCCCUCGAAUGGACUCGGAACAAUGUUGCAUCCUUUGGCGGCGAUCCCGAAAAGAUUACACUCAUCGGUCAAAGCGCUGGUGCUGCCAUCGUCGAUAUGAUGGUUUCAGCACCUCCGGAUCCGUUAAACUUCCGCGCGGCCAUCAUGGAGUCUGGCCAGGCAAGCUACAAUGGUGGAGCUGCCAUUCCCGGAUGGGCAUACAGAACUCUUGCCGAGGCCGUUGGCUGUAAUGGAACUGCCACUCAAAAGUACGACUGUAUGACGACGGCUUCGGCGAAACGUUUGAAGACCGUAUCCGAGAACCGCUCAAUCUGGUUUGGUCCUCCCAUCCAGGACGGCGCGACUUGGGCCAAGGCACCACGCCAGAAUAGGCUUCACUCGACAAACGAGAGCUCAAUCAUGGCACGUGUCCCGAUACUCAUUGGUAGCAACGCUGAAGAGGGUGCCAUCUACACCACGGGUGUCAAGAGCGCCGUGUCUUUUCUACAAGAGCAUUACGGCUUCAGCAAGGCCAAGGCAAAGGCUCUCUUGGAGUAUUACCCGAUUGUGCCAGGCAGCCGUAUUCAAACACAACAAGAUCAGGCCACUGCAGUCAUGACUGAAUCUUCUUUUGGCUGCCCCGCAGGCUUUGUGUACAAUGACUCCAUGUCUGUCGGUAUUCCUUCCUGGCGGUACUACUUCAACGCCAGCUUUGCCAACUCGGAGCUCGUCCCAGGUGCAUACCACGCCUCGGAAAUACCACUGGCCUUUGGCACAUACCAGCGUGAAAAUGCGACGGACUUCCAGGCCAGCCUGUCAAAAGAUAUGCAGCAAGCAUGGAGUAGGUUUGCAAAGAACCCCUCUGCAGGUCCGGGGUGGCGCCAAGAUGCCGUUGCGGUAUUUGGAGGGAACGCAAGUCCCGGAGAGACGGACGAAAACCGUCCAACAAUGACCUUGGCGACAACAAGCUGGAUGGACCAGAGUAACACCACCUUGACGACCUGGUACCUCCAGAAUGAGGAUAUCAGUCUGCAUGCUCGGUUCGUGUACCUCGUCGAUGAUAAUGCACGAAUACCCGCUGAAGCUCUGAUCAUUCUGCGUCUCGAUAAGCAACAGCCCAUCCGUAACAAAUCUCAGCCUCGUAUGCUUGGACAGAAUGAGCCCUUCCUUUCCCGCAAGCCAGCUUCGAAGAAGUUCAACGGGCAACCCAAGCACCCCCAGAUACAAGCCCGCCUUGAGGCAGCCCACAAAACAGUGGCCGACACAACAGCCGUCACUUCCUCACUGGCUGGCGUGACGCUGUAA